AUGAGGCCGUUACAAGCUGCAUCCCACUUUCUGGCUAUGGCUGCUGUUGCUCGUGCAUCUUAUGUUGACUCACUGCCCAGCAACGCCCAAGAGCUCUUCAGCGAGUCCAUGAGCUGGAUGGACACGUUUUACGACACCGAGGCAGGCUACCUUUACGACCUGAGCGCCCAGACAGCGCUCGACCAUGAGACUCGCUCGUCAGCAUGGUACGCGUUGGGACUCUUAGCACGUAACGAAGACGAUAAUGUCCAGCAGGCCGAGAAGAUCGUCAACAACAUCAUCUCUGGCCAGUUUCGGAACGAGUCGCAGCAGUGGUAUGGUGACUAUCAGAAAUUCCCGGAGGAGCCCGCGGUUGGCGUCUCAGCAUAUCCGUCCUCCAUCUACAAUAGCUGGGAUCCGAAUUGGCGAGGAUUCGUAGGCACGACCUUCAUCAUGAUCCUCGAAGAGUUCCCUGCGCUCCUCAGCCCAGAAACCAUCUCCGCGAUCGAAUCCUCCCUCUACCUCACCGCCGUAGGCGACACCUACCGCGUUGGCGGCGUCGACUCGGACAACCUGUAUCCCUCAUACAGUAACCCGGCAAUCAUGCGCGCCUUCACCUCAAUCUACGUAGGCCUGAGCCAAAACGCCAGCAACCUAACCGCGGCAGGUGAGACGGAAGCACACGAGAUCAUCGACCUCUUCUCACGCGCCAACACGCUCGCCGAGUUCAACUCGGGCACCUACACGGGCGUGUCACUUUUCGCGCUGACCAUGUGGGUGAAAUACCUGCCAGAGGAUCACUUCAUGCACCAGGAGGGCAAGGUCAUGAUCGCCGAGACCUGGCGAGCCGUGGGCCAGCUAUGGCACGCCGGGCUGAAGAACAUGGCGGGACCCUGGGACCGCGCCUACGGCUUCGACAUGCGUCGCUACCUGAGCUUGUUGGCGCUGUGGUUCUGGGUCGUGCCCGAGGUGGGCAAAGAGGCUGCUGGGCUUCCGCGUUAUCCCCAAGUCCUCUCCCACUCCGCCGACUACGCAUGGGGCCCAUUAUUCGCGGUCCUAGCAGACUUCCACACCGCCCUCAUCCCCACCGAGGUGCUGCCCAAACUCACAACCUUUGCCGGCGAGCACACAUUCAACAGCUCCGCCUUCUCCCCUCCCUGGGACCUGGUGCCGCGCAACAUCUCGGCCUGGCUGGCUGACGGCAUCAGCAUCGGUGCCGAAAGCUUCGAGCAGACCGUCGUCGGCGGCGCCGUCAGUAACCCCAGCCAGUUCAGUCCGGCGGCCGUGCAGUGGGAUACCGGCGAUGGCGGGAUUGGCUUCAUUUCUUGGUACGCCACCGAGCCCUCCCUCACAGCCACCGUCUCCCCCUACAGCCUCACACUCUCUUACCCACGCGGCAACGCCUCCUCGAUCUUCAGCCUCAUCGUCUCGCCGUUCAAGCGGCAGCCGACCGUGUCCUCGUGGGCGGAUCUUGUAGGCCUGCGCGCCAAUAUAAUGACGAAUUUCGGUGUGGACGGCAGCUCCUCCUCGACUUACAACGUGACGUACGGCGGUCGUAACGGUGGCGCGGACGAGCCGAUCAACGACUUUGAAUUCUGGAACUUCACGUACGUGGUGCCUGAGGGGGUGGAGGCGCCGAUGUUGAGGCUGGAGUUGGAGCUUGUGUGA